AUGGAGGCAAAUCAUGUCUUACACAGCGGUUAUUUUAAUGAAACCCUUCGUUCAUGGCAUGGUUCAAAUACAUUACUGAAUAUAAAUCAAUUAAUCUAUCCAGUAUUUGUUACUGAUCUUGUCCCAGAUGAAUCGAGCGAAGAAAUUCCUAAUUUUCCUGAACAACGCCGUUAUGGUGUCGAUGCCCUCAUUGAUCAUUUAUCACCAUUGGUUAACAAAGGUUUAAAAACAAUUCUUAUAUUUGGUGUAACAAAAAGUUCAAAUAAAACCCCAACUGGUGAAUAUGCAUUAUCAAAAGAAUCACCUGUUCGACGAUGUUUACCAAUGCUUCGUUCAAAAUUUCCAUCAUUAACCAUAGCUGUGGAUCUUUGCUUAUGUGGUUAUACAUCACAUGGCCAUUGUGGAAUACUUAAAACCGAUGGUACAAUUAAUAAUCUAUCAUCAAUUGAACGUUUAGCUGAAAUAGCACUUAAUUUUGCUCAAGAUGGUGCACAUAUUAUAGCUCCAUCCGAUAUGAUGGAUGGACGAAUAGAUGCAAUAAAAAAAAUUUUAUUAACUAAUAACAUAGGAAGUUCAGUUGCAGUUAUGUCUUAUUCUUCAAAAUUUGCUUCAUGUUUUUAUGGUCCAUUUCGUGAUGCUGCUCAAUCAGCACCAUCAUCAGGUAAUCGUCGUGCUUAUCAAUUACCUGCUGUAUCUACUGGUCUUGCUAUACGAGCUGCUGAACGUGACGUUAUUGAAGGAGCUGAUAUGUUAAUGGUUAAACCAGGUGGCCCUUUCUUAGAUAUAAUUAAAGAAGUUAAACAACGUUUUCCUCAUCAUCCAUUAGCUGUUUAUCAAGUAUCAGGCGAAUAUGCAAUGUUAUGGCAUGCAGCACAUGCGAAUGCUUUUGAUUUACGAGCAGCAGUUAUUGAAAGUUUAAUUGGAAUGAGACGUGCUGGUGCCGAUAUUCUUAUCACUUAUUUUACACCACAACUUCUUGAUUGGUUGAAAGAAGCUCAACAAUAUUAG